GUAAAUCUGCCAUGGCUGGAGGCUGGAGGCGCAAGUAGAGUCAAGACGGGAGAAGAGCCAAGAUAACAUCUUGCUUUGAAAAGGACUGGAAAGUUAGCUGCAUCCAGGAUUAAACCCAGUGCAGUUUUCAUCUCUUUCGAAAGUACAUUUGCAGAUAGGAGCCGUAUACAUUUUAUUUUUAAAUAUAAUAUUUGUUGACCCCCUUGAAGCAUAAACAUGACCAGUAACCCUUUGACGGGGUUGCUGGUUGCGCUUUGCCUGGGCAGCGUUGUGCACUGUAUGCCAAAACUUACUGGCAAAAGCAGAAGACAGGCGCAGCAUCAAGUAAACCCAGUCGACGGAGCGUCUUACAACCAGAACGGCUGCCAUGAAAAUGGCAAAUCUUACCAUAUUGGCCAGCAAUGGGAACGCGCGUACCUAGGCACUACUUUGGUCUGUACCUGUCUCGGUGCUCGAGGAAUUAACUGUGAAAGCAAGCAUGAAGCUGAAGAGACUUGCUAUGACAAACACAAUGGACAGUCAUAUCGGGUUGGGCAAACUUACGAGCGACCAAAGGAUGGGAUGAUCUGGGAUUGUACCUGUAUUGGGGCUAACAAAGGGAAAAUUAGCUGUACCAUUGCAAACCGCUGUCAUGAAGGUGGGCAGUCCUAUAAGAUCGGAGAUACCUGGCGCAGGCCCCAUGAUACUGGCAGCUACAUGCUUGAAUGCGUGUGCCUUGGUAAUGGGAAAGGUGAAUGGACCUGCAAACCAGUAGCUGAAAGAUGUUAUGAUAAUACUGCUGGCACUUCUUAUGUUGUUGGAGAGACCUGGGAGAAACCCUACCAGGGCUGGAUGAUGGUAGAUUGUACCUGUUUGGGCGAAGGCAGUGGACGCAUUACAUGCACGUCCAGAAACCGUUGCAAUGACCAAGAUACUAAGACCUCAUACAGAAUUGGAAAUACCUGGACCAAGCCUGAUGCUAGGGGCAAUGUACUGCAAUGUAUCUGUACUGGCAAUGGACGUGGGGAAUGGAAAUGUGAAAGACAUGCAUCUCUCCAUACUACAGGACUUGGUACCGGCUCCCGUGUUGUUACCAAUGUUCAGACUGCCAUCUACCAGCCCCAACCCCAGCCUCAGCCCCCAACAGAGGGCAGCUGCAUAACGGACUCCGGAGUUUCGUACUUUGAGGGAAUGCAGUGGAUAAAGACCCAAGGCAGCAAACGGAUGUUGUGCACUUGUCUGGGCAAUGGCAUCAGCUGUGAAGAGAUGACUGUGUCCCAGGUUUAUGGAGGAAAUUCAGAUGGCCAGCCCUGUGUCUUCCCAUUUGUCUUUAUGGGGAAGACCUACUACUCAUGCACUUCUGAAGGGCGUAACGAUGGACAGCUGUGGUGCAGCACUUCAUCUGACUUUGAACAGGACCAUAAAUACUCCUUCUGCACAGAAAAGAACAUACUGGUUACCACCCGAGGUGGCAACUCAAACGGCGCAUUGUGCCACUUGCCUUAUUUGUACAACGGGCGAAAUUACACUGAUUGCACUUCGGACGGCAGGCGGGAUGGGAUGAAAUGGUGCGGGACCACUGCUAACUAUGAUGGCGAACAGAAAUUUGGAUUCUGCCCAAUGGCCGCUCACGAAGAAGUCUGUACCACCAGUGACAGUGUGAUGUACCGUGUUGGUGAUCAGUGGGACAAGCGCCAUGAUGUACUAGGUCACAUGAUGAGGUGCACGUGCGUUGGAAAUGGUCGUGGAGAAUGGAGCUGCUUGGCAUACUCACAGCUGAAAGAUCAGUGCAUUGUCGAUGGCUUGACUUAUGAGGUUAACCAGACUUUCACCAAGCGUCAUGACGAAGGAUACAUGAUGAACUGCACUUGCUAUGGGCAGGGCCGUGGCAGGUGGAAGUGUGAUGCUAUUGACCAGUGCCAAGAACCUGAGACUCGUGCAUUUCACCAGAUUGGCGAGUCCUGGGACAAGGUGAUCCAUGGUAUCCGGUACCAUUGUUACUGCUAUGGAAAUGGCAUUGGAGAGCUGAGCUGUGAGCCGACACAGACACAACCAGGAGGACGUCGACCAGUUCAGAUUAUCAUUGCUGAGUCUGGAAACCAACCCGAUUCUCAUCCCAUCCAGUGGAAUGCACCCCAGUCCGCUCAUAUUGCCAAAUACAUCUUGAAGUGGAGGCCGAAAAAUACCCAUGUUCAGUGGAUGGAAGUCACUGUUCCUGGACACCUGAAUUCCUAUACCAUCGCUGGCCUCCAGCCAGACAUAACCUAUGAGGGGCAGCUGAUUAGCAUCCUGCGUUAUGGACAGAGAGAGGUCACCCGCUUUGACUUCACAACAACAAAUGGAUUUUUGCCCACGUCUGAAGGAGAGACCACCCAGCCCCCUCCAGUGGUGGACACUUCUGAAUCUGUGACAGAGAUUACCUCCAAUAGCUUCGUGGUCUCCUGGGUUUCUGCUUCGGACACUGUUUCUGGUUUCAGGGUUGAGUAUGAGCUCAGUGAAGAAGGAGCCCAGACGCUGGUCCUUGACCUUCCAAAUAGUGCAACCUCCGUCAGCAUCCCUGACCUGCUUCCCGGUCGCAAGUACACUGUCCACGUCUACGAAGUCUCUGAGGAAGGAGAACAGAACCUUAUUCUUACCACGUCCCAGACAACCGCUCCUGAUGCGCCAACUAACUAUAACAUGGGUGAAGUAGGAGAAACCUCUAUUGUCAUCAGGUGGUCCAGACCUGCAGCUCCUAUUACAGGUUACCGUGUGGUCUACACCCCCUCUUUGGAAGGAGAAAGCACUGAACUUACCCUUCCUGAUACAGCCACCUCUGUCACCCUGAGCGACCUCCUACCUGGCACUGAAUACAACAUCAGCAUCUACGCAGUGGAAGAGAACCAGGAGAGCGUUCCACUCGUCAUCCAGCAGACCACUGCUGGAGAUCCACGGCCAGAGACAGUUCCACGCCCCACUGACCUCCAGUUUGUGGACGUGACUGAUGUGAAGAUCAUCAUUAUGUGGUCCCCUCCGCAGGGUGAGGUCUCUGGUUACCGUGUGACUGUUCUUCCAAUCAACCUCCCUGGCACUAAGGGAGAAAAACUAGAGCUCCCCGUCGGCAGGAACUCCUUCGCAGAGGUCACCGGGCUCCAGCCUGGCACCACCUAUCGCUUCCAGGUCUAUGCUGUUCACAGGGGCAAAGCAAGCGAGCCAUUGGAGGGGGAUUACACCACCAAAAUUGAUGCCCCAACCAAUCUGCAGUUUGUCAAUGUGACAGAGAGCAGUGCCAUUGUGAUUUGGGGUGCUCCACGGGCUAGAAUCGCCACAUACAGACUGCUGCUGAGUAUUUCUGGGGAGCAGCCCAGAUCAUUUAAUGUGGCUCCAAAGGUGAAUCUGUAUCAUCUGAGAAACUUGCAGCCUGAUACACAGUACACUGUCACAGUCGUCGCAGUGAAGGGCAACCAGCAAAGUCCAGAAGUCACAGGACGCUUCAGUACAUUGGAACGUACGGGCAGUGCCCCACGUUACAGCACUGAAGUGACUGACACUGCCAUUGUCAUUACUUGGACACCUGUGCCAAGAAUAGGAUUCAAGCUGGAAGUCAGACCAAGCCAAGGAGGUGAGGCUACCAGAGAAGUGAUCUCGGACUCGGGCAGCAUCUUCAUCUCUGGCCUGACUCCUGGAGUGGAGUACACCUACAGCAUCCAGCCACUUGUGAAUGGACAGGCACGUGGAGCUCCAGUCAUCAAGACUGUCGUCACACCCCUGACUCCUCCUACCAACCUGAACCUGAAGUCUAAUCCAAACACCAGAGAGCUGACGGUCUCCUGGACAGACACCAAAACUCCUGAUGCCACUGGCUACCGAGUCACCUGCACCCCAACUAGUGGACAGCAUGGUAACUCCUUGGAAGAAUUUGUCAAGAUCGGACAGAACUCCUGCACACUGGACAAUCUGAGCCCUGGCAUUGAAUACAACGUGAGCGUCUACACUGUCAAAGAUGACAUGGAGAGCGUGCCGGUCUCUACUACAGUAACGCAAGAAGUCCCCCAGCUUACUGACCUCGGCUUUGUCGAUGUUACUGACACAACCAUCGGCCUGAGGUGGAGCCCGCUUAACUAUACCGCCAUUACUGGCUACCGCAUUACGGUAGUUGCUGCAGGAGAAAGCGUCCCCAUUUUUGAAGAUUUUGUGGAGCCCACUACAGGAUACUACACAGUGUAUGGACUGGAGCCCGGGAUUGAUUAUGACAUCAGUGUAAUCACUCUCACUGAGGGUGGUGAGAGUGUGCCCACUACACUGACACAGCAAACUGCUGUUCCUCCUGCAACCAACUUGCAAUUUAAUGCUGUGGGUCCAGAGUCCAUGCAAGUCAUGUGGUCUGCCCCUGAAUCGAUAGAUCUCUCCAGAUUCAUCGUGCGCCACUAUCCUGUGAGGAAUGAGGACGACGCUGUUGAGCAGAGUGUACCUGGAACGAGCAACAGCAUCGUCCUGAGAAAUCUUCUGCCUCACACAGAAUACCGUGUGAGUGUCUUCUGUGUAUAUGAGGAACGGCAAAGCAGACCGCUAACUGGAACUCAGAAAACUGCCCUGGAUUCCCCAACUGGCAUUGACUUCUCCGAGGUGUACGCCAACUCCCUCACUGUCCACUGGCUUGCUCCCCGAGCCGUCAUCACUGGAUACAGGAUCAGGUAUCAGAUGGCAAGCGGUGGGAGGACAAAGGAUGAGCGUCUGCCUCCAUCCCGUAACUACUUUACUCUGACUGGCCUCAACCCAGGAACAGAGUACAUCAUCCACAUCUUUGCUCUAAGCGGGAGCGACGAGAGCCUGCCUCUCACCGGCCGCCAAGCUACCAUUUCUGAUGCUCCCACUGAUCUGGAAAUUGUUUCUUCCACUCCAACAAGCUUAACAGUCAGCUGGGAUGCUCCCUCAAUCUCUGUGAGAUACUACAGAAUCACUCAUGGAGAGACAGGCGGACAAAGUCCUGUCCAUGAGUUCACUGUCCCUGGCUCCCAGUCCACAGCCACUAUUGAAAACUUGAAUCCUGGUACAGAAUACACCGUGACCGUGUUCGCUGUUACUGGACGAGGAGACAGCCCAGCUACCAGCACACCCAUCACUGUCACUCACAAAACAGACAUGGGCUCUCCCUCUGGUAUGGAGGUGACUGAUGUGAAGGACAAAACCAUUUCUGUGAGGUGGACGCCAUCGUCCGGCUCCGUUACGGGUUACAGAGUAACUGGUGUGCCCAAGAAUGGUCGCGGACAAACUGUUUCACAAAUUGCACGCCCUGACCAAACUGAAAUGACCAUUGGAGGACUAAUGCCAGGAGUAGAGUAUGUGCUCAGUGUGUACGCCCAAGGUCAGAAUGGAGAGAGCGCUCCCCUGGUUGAGACUGCAGUCACCAGCCUUGACCAUCCUAAAGGACUCUCUUUCACAGAUGUUGAUAUGACUUCCAUCAAAAUUGCCUGGGAAAGCCCAGAGGGUCAGGUAUCUAGGUAUAGAGUGACUUACUCCAGCCCGGAAGAUGGAGUAAGAGAGCUCAUCCCUGCCCCCGAUGGCGAGGAGGACACGGCCGAGCUGCAUGGCUUGAGGCCUGGCACUGACUACACCAUCAGUGUUGUCGCUCUGCAUGAGGACCUGGAAAGCCAGCCCCUCACUGGAACCCAGACUACAGCAAUACCUUCUCCAACUGACCUGACAUUCAAUCAGGUUACCCCAACCAGCGUGGCUAUCACAUGGCGGGCCCCUAAUGUCCAGCUCACCGGCUAUCGCAUAGUGGUCAAUCCAAAGGAUAAGAGCGGACCAACCAAAGAGAUCAACCUUGCACCUGACACCACCACUGCCGUUGUGACUGGAUUAAUGGUUGCAACCAGGUAUGAAGUGUACGUUUAUGCUCUGAAGAAUUCUAUGACCAGCCGGCCUGUGCGUGGAGAUGUCACCACACUUGACAAUAUUAGCCCCCCACGCAGAGUUCGUAUCUCUGAUGUCACCGAUUCUAGCAUCACACUCACAUGGCGCUCCAAAACUGAAACCAUCACUGGCUACCUUAUCGAUGCUAUUCCUACUGGCGGUCAGUCUCCCAUCCAGAAGAGGGUCAGCCCCGACGCCAGAACCUUCACCAUCUCAGGUCUAAAUCCAGGCACUCAAUAUACCAUCCAUGUUUUCACCCUGAACGGGGAUGCUCGCAGUGCUCCAUUCACUCUUACUGCCACUACCAAUAAACCAUUAGUUGAGUCUCCAUCAAACCUACGAUUCACCUCCACAACCCCAAGCUCCGUUUCAUUCACGUGGGAGCCUCCACGCACCAGGAUCACUGGCUACUUCAUCACUUACGAGGAGGCUGGUCGCCCGCCCAGGGAACUGACUCCACGGCCACAUGCAGGAAUCAGUCAGGCUACAAUUAAUGACCUGAGACCAGGAACAGAAUACAUCAUCAAGAUCAUAGCUUUACAGAAUGCUUUGAGAAGCCAGCCGCUGGUGGGAAAAGCAAGAACACAAUUUGAAGGUCAGCUUCCAACGCUGGAAAUCUUACCAAAUCCGCAUCGCCCUGUGCCCGAUAUCCUAGACGUCCCAGAGACGAUAGAGCACUCCCCGUUCUCCACACACACCCGCUUCGAUGAGGAUGAUAACGUUGUCCAACUCACGGGCACCAAUGGGCAGGAAAGGUUGGGACAGCAAGGCCAACACAUUUACACAGAGUACCAGAAUCUUGGGAAAAACAGGCAGCUUACACCAGGAGUUCCACACAGUCCAGACCAUCCCCGGCACAUUCCUGAAGGUGACGGCGGGGUUAAGAUUGGUGGCCAGCACCCAGUCCACACUACGGUACAGGUCACUGAAGCUAUUGGGGGUUCUCCGUUUGGUAUUCCGGGCAAUGGCACCUACAGCACACAGGAAGCACAGUCCCAAACUACCAUCUCCUGGAGGCCAUUGCUGCAGACUUCUGAAUACCUAAUUUCCUGCAACCCUCUGAGUCCUAAUGAAGACAUGUAUCAGGUACGCGUGCCAGGGACCUCCACCAGCGCUACGCUAACUGGUCUGACAGCGGGGGCAUCCUAUAAUGUCAUUGUGGAGGCACUCAAUGGAGCUGUUAAGCAAAAAGUUUUUGAAGAGCUUAUCACAGUGGGAAACUCAGUUUCAGAAAGAGUACACCCAUCUUCUAAAGACACGUGUUAUGACACGUUCACUGCAUCUAGCCAUGAAGUUGGAGAGGAGUGGGAACGCAUGUCCGAAAGUGGCUUUAAGCUGUGGUGUAAAUGCUUAGGCUUUGGCAGCGGUCAUUUCAGAUGUGAUUCAUCUAAAUGGUGCCAUGAUAACGGAAACAACUACAGAGUCGGUGAGAAAUGGGACCGGCAGGCUGAGAAUGGCCACAUGAGCUGCACCUGCUUGGGCAAUGGAAAGGGAGAGUUCAAGUGUGAACCUUAUGAAGCUACUUGCUACGAUGAAGGGGCAAUGUACAAAGUUGGACAGCAGUGGCAGAAGGAGUACCUUGGAGCCAUCUGCACCUGCACAUGCUUUGGCGGACAGCAGGGUUGGCGUUGUGAGAACUGUCGUCGACCCAAUGUUGAUGUGGAUGCCACCCUGUCUGCCACACACCACUCAGAUCGAUACAGAGACAACAUCCUGACGAAAUAUCACGUGAAAUGCCCCAUCGAGUGCACAAGACCAGAUCUCCUUGCCGACGCACACAACCCACCAGGAGAGUGAAGGGCCACCAUGCAAGGGCGCCUUAGCGAAGACUCCGUCCCAAGCCAGUGAUGCUGCAGAGUACUUCACCUGAAAACUGCCUUUUUUUUUUUUUUUUUUUUUUUUUU